CUGGGCCUGACCUGGCUCGGGAGGGUGGCAGUGCUGUGCGGUCCUUUCUUCUGCUGAUUGGCACGCUGGACCCGUCGAGUAGUUGGUGGCUUGUGGUCGGGCGAGCCGAUCCCUACCUUGAGCCGGAUCGAACCCCCAACCCCUUAUGCAACCAUCGCUCAAAGGUCGAAAGUCCAGACUUCAAUAUCAAUCAACAUCCCCGAGUGAGGGGGUCACUUUCUUUGGACACCCCGGCCACCGGAAGGAUUAGGCCGCUCCCGCCCCUCUUCGUCCAUCGGAGUUGCGGGGAGGAAAACGUGCCUAGGAAAGGAUGACUUAAUGACGGGAUGGGAUGAGACCCGUUGCCUGAACUUGAAGGAUAAUUAUGAUCUCCUUACGACACAAGGUGUGGUGGUGGGCGGUCUAUGGACGGGGCUUCGUCAUCACGAUCCAGAUCUUAUGUCACUUGAGUCGACCGGGUCGACCCUCCCAGGCCGAAGACGACGGGUUUCAAUGGGUUCAGCUGGAGCCGGAUUUGCCUUCAUCCCCCGAGCGAUCCAGCCCCGCCCCGCCCUCUUUCGAAACGCUCAUUGAUCAUUUCAUCGGUUUCUUGAGUGAGGGCGGGAUCCGCGGGGACGCCCAGCACAUACUUCACGUGGCCAAUAACGGCUAUACCUUCGAAGAUCAGCUCUUCGUCUUACCCCUGUACCCUCUGGUCAUUCAGAGCCUAGCUCAAGGCAGCCAUUGGCUGGUGGGCGAUGGGCGAUGGCUGACUUACAUAUCUUGGCUCAAGCUCAUGGCUGUGAUGGUGAAUGGCGUACUCUUUGUGCUAGCCGCAGAUCUGUUGUAUUCCUUGUCCCGGCGAGUCUUGCAGGACGAGUAUCUGGCCUACAAAGCCGCCCUCUUCUUCUGCCUCAAUCCGGCUUCAACCUACUUCUCCGCUCCUUACACGGAGACCAUGUAUUCGGUGUUUUCAUUGGGUGCCAUGUUGGCCAUCGAUGAUCACCUCAGCUUGAAAAGUGGCGUGCUUUUGGCUCUGGCCAGCGGCACUCGGGCCAAUGGCGUCAUCAACAUCGGCUUCGUCAUCUACAAGAGUUUGACCGUCGUCUCAACCAAGACCAUUCUGUUUGUCCGGGCCAAGAAAGAGCACGGAGGGCCCAACGCCACCCAGACACGAGUCCGAAAGCCAAAGAUCUACGACAUUUUCCCGGAUUUGGCCAUGCAAGCCAUUAUCCCGGGCAUUGCCAAUAUCAUCUUGUGCUUCGCUCCCAUGGUGGCUUUUCAAUGGUACGCCUUCACCACAUUCUGUGAUGCGAAGCGCGAGGAGAUCCAUUUCCCUGCCGCUCUCAAAAACGUGGCUCGAAACCAAGGUUAUGUGUUUCCGGGCAACUUGAAAGAAUUGCCAUGGUGCCAACACGAUCCUCCUCUGUCUUAUCCUUGGCUACGACCGGAACAUUGGGGCUUGGGAUUCCUGACUUAUUGGGAAUGGGAAACGAAACAGCUUUGGCAAGCAGCUCUGGCAGCUCCGGCCUUGGGCCUUAUUUUGUGGCAACUAGUGGCAUUUAUGAAGAUUCACAAGAAAUACGCUCUACGCUUGGGCCUAGUCGAUAAUUCUCUUCUGGGAAUUCCUCGUCUCAAAGAUCCCCCUCUGACCACGACUUGGACAUUGCCACGGGAGUGUUUUGUGUAUAUCGUUCACUCUGCCCUUUUGGCCAUUAUAUGUCUCUUCUUCAACAGGAUUCAGGUUGGGACUCGACUGAUUUGUUCCAGCUCACCCGUUCUCUAUUGGAUAGCAGCACUUCUGACCACGCCUUCUGAGGACGAAUUAGUUCCCAUCGAGACGGGUAAAGUCAAUCGUGAACCCCUGGCCGGAUCUGGAACUGACGCCCUCAGUCCAAUCACGGACAAAGAACGCCUCCGUGAAGAACGACGCGUUUGGUUCCGAGUAGAGAAGGCGAGGAAUCUGAACACUCGAAGUUCCACCAUCCUGCUACAGGAAGUAAUCCACAAUGAAGUGGUGGUCUUGAACAACACCUCAAUCUCUCGACAUCGUAAACAUCCAGCGCCUCAAGAUGUAAAAUGUAAUCUCGACAUUCGUGGCCAAAGUGCUUUGUCCCCCGGAACCUGUUGUUAUUGGUUCAGAUUGAGUAGAUGUAUAACACCCACAUGUAUCGUUUUAUCAAAGGAAGCUAGUGAAAAUUGAUUUUCGCUAUUGGCCAACCGCUUUUGAGUUUCUCGUAAGCUAAACCAAGAUGAACACAAGAAGCUUGGCAGAGUUCUUGGUAAAACCAAAAUCCGUGGGUAAACGUAUGUCGAAAAGAGCCUUGACAUGGAAUUCAACUGAUGUGCCACAAUCGAAGUAAAAAACAGAUAGCAAUGGCCCUGAUGGGAUAAUUUGGCAAGUUAUCGUACUCCCGCAUUGAGCCAACGAUUUGAUGCUUUGUAGGAUCGCGAUUUGGGGACCAGAUUUAGAGCUCAGCCAAAUAUUUGACAAAUGCAAUGUCAAAUAUUUUUGGUGUCACCGUUUUGACUGUUUCACUGGAAAAAAAUGUGAAAUCUUAGGAAGGAACAUUGUUGUAGCUCGUUUGAAUUCCUCGUUUGAAAACUGAAGCCCAUUUUCUAACCUUUUAGAAUACUCACAUCAACUUAUACGUAAUUGCGAAACAUUCUUUACUUUAUGUGAAGGCACAAGGAGACAACAAAUGUUGGAAUUACGUUCAACUUAUGUUUUAUUUUUUCUGCAACGAAGCAAUGCCAAUGCCAAAAUUAUUAAAGGCUAAGACUUUGAAGAAGAAAUACUGAUUUUCUUUAAAAUUCGAGUCUCAAAUGAUUUUGCUAUGGAGACAGUUAUCUAAUUUAACAUUUAAUUAUAAAAGUUAUUUCUUUGGCAAAAUUGAUCUUUUGGGAAAAAAGUUCCCAAAGGCACAAAAUGACCUUUCUUCAUUAAAGUCAUUAUCGGAAUAACUUGCAAGUUAGAAUUGACAUAGUAUGUUAGUUGUAUCACAAAAAAGUAAAACGCAUUCCUUGAUCAAAAAAGGCGAAAUCUUUAGACAAUGUCUAAUUUGCAAAAUAUAAUAUUUUAUCUCUCUGUUGAUGACAAAAAGCAAGCCUAAAAUUGAAAUAAACAUUGAUUUACGAAGGCACUCAAAAAUCAACAAGAACAAGGGCAAUCUAGUAAUGUUAUUUGGUGUACAAUCAGCUUAAUGGAUUGAGUCUUAGAUAUGAAGAACGAUUUCCUAUUAUGCAUUGCCUUGUUGGCCUCGUUAACCAAUCUUCCACAGGAACUACCUUUAAACCAAAAAAAUAUCUUCACAAUUGGACAGAAUUAAACACCUCAAGGUUGUAUAAUUCGACAAACCUUGAUCGCUUUUGCUUCAGGUUUUGUUUUUGGUGUUCAUUGUCUUGAGGCCAUCACCCCUUAACACCCUUAAAGGGAUUGAAGUGAGCCUGAUGGGAUGGAUCACUUCGGUUUAAAAUAAUAGUAGGCUUGGUCUUUUUGCGUAUAUCCCAUUUAUCCGAAAGUUUAGAGCUGAAUUUGCAACGCACCUGUACUUGGUCACUGAGCAACGAGAUAAGCCGGUCUGUUCCCUGGAUUCAUGUUCCCUCUUCAUAAGACUCACUUUGAGGCAAAUGGUUGUUUGAUGGUUUGGCUUGAAUUAUGUAUUAUUUAUAGUCUACUAAGGAGGUGAAUCCAUGAUGGUAAUGAUGAAAUGAUGAUGUUGUGCGGCUUUUGCCACUCUGGUUCUCCCCCCCCCUCCCAAGAAGUAUUGGAGAGUUCGUCCGAGUUGUACAUGAAAUGAUUGAUGAUGAAAGAAGGGCACCAGAUAGAUCAGUCAAGACCUUGGCAAUGGGAUCUUAAUAAUUCGAGUUCAUUCCAGCCCUAAAGUGCAAUUUAAAUACAACGAAUACAAUAAGGCAAUAAGGUAGAGGAAACCUCCUAGCGGUGUGUGAUAAAAUUAGGAUAUCUUUAGGGUCUCAUUGGACAACUUUAGAGCCUCUUCAAAUCAUGACAAAUUGAAAGAACUUUCAAUACUUGGAGCUUGAGAGUACCAGCCAAUUCAUCAAAAUGCCGAAGUGCAUAAAAAUGGUUGCGAGUAAUUUGAAAUCACAGGGAAAAUCAACUGGUUGGAAAAGGUCUCUGAAACCUUUUCCACGAUGAUCAUAAUUGUUGUUGAUUUGUUAUUGUUCCCAUUGUUACCACUGUUGUUGCAGGUGUUUUUGCUCCUGCCGUCAGUCAAAUCGUUUAACUCGUUCAAAUAAAUGAAAUCAAUGUC